CCAAUGCAUGCACAAUGUUUAAUGUCUAUUUUAGGCGGAAAGUGAAUAGUCCUAAUAAUAUGAGUAAAAAGUUAUAAUUAAUAUAUUGCUAAACUGAGUGCUCAAGAUAAAAUUUUAAGAAAACCAAGCUUAUAGAGGAAAAAUACUUUCUAAGAAGUUUUGGUGCUAUCUGAUAAUAAUCCAAAAUGACUGACACAGUAAAUAUGUCGCUUGAUGAAAUAAUAAAACAAAGCAGAGCCAGUCGCACUAGGGGUAGAGGCGGUGGGAAUAUAAGGGGUCGCGGAGGCGGUCGUGGUGGGCGAAGAGGCCGUGGAGGUCGUGGCCGUGGUGCAGCCCGAGGUCGCUCUGUGUCACGAGGAGGCUCGAACUCCAGACAAGGGCGGUCUCGUUCAAGAUCCCGUGUUCAAAACAAUUCUCAAUCGCGGGAUCGCUCACAAUCACGGGCACGAUCACGAUCACGACAACGACGUUUCUCCAAUCCCAGAACACGAUCAGCGUCUAGGUCUAGAUCUCAAGUCAGAAGUAUGACCCCAAAAUCCAGGGCUGGCUUAGAAAAUCCAGUAACUACUAUGCCACCAUUAGUCCGCACAAAUAGAGGAAAACGAGGUGGACUACAGUUGAGACUGAGACGAUCAAAUUCUUUUCAACAAGCUAGAGGUGGAGUGCAUAGUAGACUUGGCAUUAAUACCAGAAGAGCUAGUGGUCCAACCAACACUUAUAAGCCUUUAGCUGUAGCUAAAAGAGGAAUUUCUAAGAGAGGCAGAGGUCUCACUACUCGGAAUAGAUAUAGCUCUGUUGGAUUAAGAUCUGAUCAAAUUCUAAAAGAACAAAGACAAAAUAUUAUGCAAAACAAUGUCAUUAGGUCGCAAACAUUUACAAGAUCUAGGAAUAAUUCAUUGAAUUCUGCUUCCCAGUUGACUGUUAGUAUUGCAAAUGAUUUUCGUAGAAGACGUCGUAAUAGUGCCGGAAAUGCGGGAUAUUUGAACAAACAAACAUUAGCAGAACUUAAUAAUGAAUUUGGUGGUUAUAAUACAAGAAGAGGGCCAGGUAGUGUUAAAUCUGUAGGUUCAAACAGGUCAAAUAGAUCGAUCAGGUCAAACCAAUCGAACAGAUCAAAUCGUUCCAACUCCAGUAAGAGAUCAAGAGGCAGGGGUCGUGGUAGGGGAGGCAAUCGGGGUGUUGGAAGAAAUUUUGUGAAUAAACAAGUACUGAACCCCGCAUUACAGAAAGAAAUUGCAGCUAUUCAGGGUAAGACUUACGGAUCAGCCAAUAACACGGAGGUACCGAGCGGUGUAAACUUCACACCAACACCGGCAGCUACACAGCAAACAUUACAUCAACGGUUUGGAAGUUCAUAGGUUGUUUGCAUAUACAUUAAAAAAUUUGUACAUAUAAGUACAAUUGAAAUUAAGAAAAUAAAUUUAUUUUUGUGUUUUUUUUCUAAUCAGUAUUCAUAAUGGCUCUUGCAUUUCAUCUAUACUAAACAUGAGUUUUAUUAUCUGUGUAUAUUGUAUGGGUUUAUCUCGAUAACAAAAAUAAUAUAUGUGUGACAGAGCUUUCCAAUAUUAUCGUGUUUUCAAUUGUUAGUUCAGAACUUAGAUGUAAGAAUAAUUUUAUAACUAAGAAUAUUGUUAUUAUUGAAACAACAUUAAAAACAAUUCAAUAAAUAUAA